GGCGAUACUGACACUCAUCUGCGAUCUACACAAGUGCAGCUGCACACAUAUAGAUAAUAUUUCAUAUGAAGAAUCGAAUUGUGUUAUGAAUGCAUAAAUAAACCAAACUACGAACGUUCAAACCCCACGUGCUAAUAUUUUUCUUCUGCUAAAACUCUAGUCACUGUUAGAAUAAACAUGGAUAAGAACGCUAAAGUAUGCCAUGGGAAAGACAUUUUUGAGAGAAUGAACUAUUUGUACCAGGUAAUAAUGUUCUUUAAUCAUUUAUAUAUUAGUUUAGAUUUACAUGAAAGAGCAUUUUUUAGAGAAUCUGAUAUUAAAAGGACAAUUUGUAAAUGUUGUCAGUCUCCACUUAUACCAGGAGAGACAGCAAGAGUACGAUUGGUAUCGAAACCAGUGAAAGCUGUUAAAUAUACGUGCUUGACUUGCUUAAGUGUUAAAAAGUAUCCUACGAAAAAGGGGCACAAAUUAUGGACAGAACGGCCCGAAUCAGUGGUUCAGAAUUUAAAUUACGCGUUAGUAUCAAGUGAGAAAAAACCUAAUGUUAAAGAAAGAAAAGGUAAUUCGAACAGAACGGAACGUAUGGACACUGACAAAAAAGUUGAAUGUACACAGAUUUGAAUAUUUAUUUUCACACGAUGUGAAACGUGAUGAAUGUCGACAUACGAAUAUUUUCCUUACCAAUGGCUUACAUAAAAUAUGUUACAAUAAAUUUAUAAUCAAUAAACAGAUAUCUUUACUAA